AUGGCGAGUUUUAUCCGCGGAAAGCAGGCAGGCAUGCAGAAUGACCUGUCGGCCGGCAUUCUGCCAGGCGUCUUUACGCCCGAAGAGCAGGUUCGCUACGGAGUGGCUUCUCAGAUCAGCUGUCUCGCAUACGACCCGGUGCAGUCGCUGCUGGCGGUGGGCACGACGCAGUCACGGUUUGGACGCGGCACGAUCUACGUGUACGGGCAGGGCCGCGUGCAUCGGGUGAUCCAGCCCAAAGGCGGCGCGUCUCUGCGACAGCUGCAGUUCAGUGCGAACAGGCUGGUCAGCCUGGACGCCAAGAGCGAGCUGGCACUGUGGAACCUGGACACGGGCGAGCGGGUGGCCGGGACGGUGUCGGCAGGACCGGCAGCAGCGAUGGCGACAGAUCCGAUGCUGGACUGGGCCUUUCUGGGGCUGAGCAACGGCGAGGUAGUGGCCUACGACCUAGAUCGUGAGCGGCUGUCACCUCUACGGGUGCCGAAUCUGUGGCGGACGCGACCAGACGCGACAGACGUCGGGCGAGUUCGGGCUCGUCCGGCCACGUCGUCGACGAUGGUGACGGCGUCGAUGGGACUCGUGUCGCUGCAGCUGCACCCACGCGAUGCCGGCAAGCUGCUGGUGGGCUACUCGAAGGGCGCGGUGAUCUACUCGUUCAAGCACGAGCAGGCAACGCGGUACUUUGAGUACGUGGUGCCGGCCGGAGCACCGGGUGGCAACGGCGAGACGCCCGACGUGGAGCGACGGCCACGGCUGAUUCAGGCGCUCUGGCACCCCACAGGCACGUUUGUGCUGACGGCACACGACGACGGCAGCCUGGUCUUCUGGGACCCCAAGGACGGCCGGGUGGUGCUGGCCCGGUCACUGUACGCAUCCGGGGUGGAUCAGGCCAGUGCUGGGGGCCCGACGAAGCCGCGGCUGCUGGAUCCGUUUGUCAAGAUCGCCUGGUGCUGCAAGAAGAACCCGGAUGACACGGCACUUCUGGUGGCCGGUGGGCUGGCCUUUGACGCGCCCGAGAAGGGACUGACCUUUCUGGAUCUGGGCCCGACGCCGGUGUAUGCGACGUCGUCGUGGCAGAUGCUUUCGGACCAUUUCCGCGGCAAGCGCCAGCAGCUGCUGCCCAUUCCACCGGGCACCGAGAUCAGCGGCUUCUGUCUGGCGCCGCGCUUGACGCCGCACUUUGACGGUGCCAGCGACCCCAUUGCCGUCUUCACGCUGCUCAGCUCGGGCGAGAUGCUGACGCUGAGCUUCCCAUCGGGCUUUCCCAUCAGUCCGACGAACCAGCUGCACCCGUCGAUCUCGUUUGUGGCCCCGUUCGUGUCCCAGUACGCCGUGGCCACCAUGGCCCGUGACCGCUGGCUGGGUCUGACCGAGACACGCAACACGGGCGAGCCGCUGCUUCGGGGCGGUGCUCCGGCACCGAGGCCACGGCGCCGCUACGAGCGUCGCAACAUCUUGCAGACCGCCCACGCCGACGGCACGGUGCGCAUCUGGGACGCAGGCCACGGCGACGAGAUCGAGAACCCGGCUGUGCUGCAGGUGGACGUGGCUCGGGCAGUGGCGCGCGAUCGUGACGUCGAGAUCACGGCGCUGUCGCUGGCUGCAGUCACGGGCGAGCUGGCCAUCGGCACGCGGGUUGGCGAGGUCGUGCUGUUCCGCUGGGGAACGAACCGGACGUUUGGCAGUAACAGCGGCGACAGCAACAAGACCAAUGCGGGGCCAUCCAACCCGGGCGGCUUCACCGACAUCAGCAAGCGCACCGAGGACUCGCUGCAGGACGGGCUGCAGCCGUGGGUUCUGUACGAGAUGCUACAGGGGCCGGUCAGCAUGGUGGCCGGGUCUGACGUCGGCUUCGUGGCGGCCGGGUCCGAGAACGGGUUUCUGUCCAUUAUCGACCUGCGCGGGCCGUCACUCAUCUUCCACGGCGCGCUGGCCGACUUUGCCAAGUCCGAGAAGCGGUCGUCCUUUCUGGGCGGCCGACAUGGCAGUGGCAGCAGCAGCAGCGGCCAGAAGAAGGAUUACCCGGUCGUGGCUGAGUUUGCCGUGCUCUCGCUCGAGGGCAAGUCCUACUCCAGCCUCGUCUGUCUGGUCGGCACGCAGCAGGGCAAGCUGCUCACGUUUGAGCUGCUGCCGUCGGCUGACGGCUACACGGCCAAGCUAGCCGGCAUGACCGACCUCAAGGACAAGAUCGUGGCCAUCUGUCCGAUUGUGGCCGACACCGGCGUCUCGGCCGUGGCAACAGGCGCAGCCGUGGCUGGUCUUCGCAGUGGACAGCACGUGAAUGGGACUUUGGUUGUUGCCACCCAAAGCGAAGCUCGCAUCUUCCGACCAGUAGCUGCCAAGGGCGCAUCCAAAUCGUUUGACGAUGUGUUCUGCUACGCAGCUGAGGUCGUCCACAACGAGCUGCACGGACACGCGCUGGUAGGCAUGUUCGGCGACGGGACCACGCGGGCCUUCACGCUACCGGGACUCAAGGAGAUCAGCCGGGCACCGCUGGCGCAGCUGGAUGCCGCACGUCUGGGCGAUGCCGUGGUCUCGCCGAGCGGUGACAUCUUUGGCUGGACUGGGCCAUCCGAACUGGUCAUCGUAUCGUCGUGGGGUGCCGUGCGAGGUCCAGACGGGCCGGGCGAUACGCUCGUCAAUCCAGACCUAGCCGUGCCGCCGCGUCCGACCAUUAGCAAUCUGCAGUGGAUCUCGGGCACGCAGUAUGUGUCGCCGCUAGAUCUCGACCUGCUGAUCGGCGGACCCGACCGGCCGCCGAGCAACCGCAUGAUGGCAGCCGCUGCUGAGGAGGCUCGCAUCGCCCGCCAUCAGGGCGCUACUGGAGCCGGUGCACCACCCGGACAGGCCGGCCUACAGAGAGCCGGCACCGGCCAGGAGGGCUGGGGCCAGUACCUCUCGCGACAGUUCAACGAGCGGACCGAGAAGCUGACAUUUGUGAGCGACGGCAUGGACAACCUGCAGGAACAGAGCCAGGGCUGGGCCGACGACGUCAGCAAGUACGUGUCGAACCAGAAGCGCAGCCUGGUCAUGGGCGCUGUCAAGAGCAAGUUCUUAUGA